UCACCAAAAUGCCUUAUUAUUAAUUAACCAAUUACUUUAAAAAAUAAUAAUAAUUAAACCAAAACCCUAAUAGUAAUAAUUUAUAUCAUGAUCGUUACGAACGUCCAAAAAUAACACUCCCAUGGCUUCUCCAAUUCUCAUAGUCUUCGUCGUCGGCCUCACAUGGCCAUGGCAGCUCAAGCUCCUGCCCCAAUCGGAAGCCAAACCAGUCAGGCAAUGCCGGACCUCCUGCGGCGAGAUCCCAAUCAAGUACCCUUUCGGAAUCGACGACGGCUGCGGCAGCCCUUAUUACCGGCGCAUCCUUGUCUGCACCGAUUCCAUGGAGCUCCAGCUCAGAACGCCGUCGGGAAGGUACCCGAUCAAGAACAUCAGCUACUCCGACCCCCACCUACUCGUCGCUGAUCCAUUCCAGUGGACCUGCCGCGACGGCGACAGAUUCCGGCCGGCGAGGCCGUUCAGCCUCGACACCAGCACCCACUUCCGGCUGUCCCCCCACAACGACUACCUCUUCUUCAACUGCAGCCCGUCGGAGGUCAUCAUGGAGCCCAAGCCCAUGUUCUGCGAGCGCUUCCCCGACCAGUGCGACUCCGCCUGCGACACCUCCAGCUACCUCUGCCGCCGCUUGCCGGGAUGCUCGUCGCCGCCGCGGCUCUCCUGCUGCUCCUACUACCCCAAGGGCGGCGAGUCGCUGAGAAUGAUGCUCCGCCACUGCGCCACCUACGCCACCGUCUACUGGAGGGAUUUGGGCGUCACGCCGGCGUAUAAUCAGAUUCCCGAGUACGGAAUUCGGGUCGACUUCGACGUCCCCGUCACGACGCGCUGCCUCCGCUGUCAGGACGCCGCCGGCGCCGGCGCCGGCACCUGCGGGUUCGACGCCGAGACGUUGGAUUUCUCGUGCUUGUGUCGGAAUGGAAAUUCAACUACUUACUGCAAAGUGCAGAUCACAAUGGUCAUAGCCGGCCGGCGGUGGUGGCCGGGACUGUAACAGUAGUUUCAGUGGCGGGAGUAUUUACAGGGGCAGCAGUUUGGUACCUGAGGAAGAUGAGAACGAAGGCCCCAGUCACACAUGGAGUCCAAACCAAUGAAAAUCGUCUCUUUUAAUGAAUCUU